CUGUGUUGUGUGCAUUGAGGCGACAUUAAAGCAGUGUCAUUAGCAGCUUUGCUUCCUGUGGUGCCUGGAAGAGCGAACAAGCCGCACGCAGCAAUGGGCAAUGGAAUGAACAAGAUCCUCACUGGUUUGUUUCUUGGGAACUUUAAAGAUGCUCGAGACGUUGAACAGCUGCACAAAAAUAACAUUACUCAUAUACUCUCAAUCCAUGAUAGUGCAAGGCCUAUGCUGGAGGGUAUGAAAUAUCUCUGCAUUCCAGCCUCAGAUUCACCAAGUCAGAACUUGAUACAGCAUUUUAAGGACAGCAUAGCAUUUAUACAUGAAUGCCGACUGAAGGGGGAAGGCUGCCUUGUUCACUGUUUGGCUGGAGUCUCCAGAAGUGUAACAUUAGUAGUAGCCUAUGUUAUGACAGUCACAGAUUUUGGAUGGGAAGAUUCCUUGUCUGCCGUCAGGGGAGCAAGGACAUGCGCCAACCCAAAUAUGGGCUUCCAGAAGCAGCUUGAGGACUUUGGAAAAUGUGAAGUCCACCAUUUCAGGACGUGGCUGAAAGAUACUUAUGGGGAGAGUACUUUUCAUGAUAAAGAUGAAGCCAAGCAACUACUUGACAAACAUAAACAGCAGGAAGCGGCAGAAUCUCAAAAUGCCACAAGUUCUGGAAGGCAGUGGAAUAGCCACCUUACCUCUCUUUCAUCUAGGUCUUAUAGCAACUACACAACAGAAACAUAAUAAGUCUGUAUUUAACAUUGCAAAAUAUGUCACUACUCCUAGAACAUAAGCAGAGACCUUGCUGGUGGUGGGCAUUAGUUGUUAUGAAGAGUGUACAUUUGCUUUGAAGGAUCCAAAUUCUGCUCUUAAGAUUACAGUAUUCUCUUUCUUUGUUGCUGAGUCUUGCAGUGAUUUGCAGGAUGGUUUAAAAAUGUUAUGGUAAGGAAUGGUUUAUUUGAGCUGAUUUUAUAUAUUUAUUUUGGCACCUUGGCACUUUAUUAGAAUAAUGGAACUAUUUUAAAGAUGAGCAAUGUUGUUCUUUUAUCAUGUGCUAUGCUUCUAUCUAUAACACAUAGUUAAAUUUUUUGACCUCAAAAUGCCAUUGCUUGUAUAUUUACAGACCGUUAAUUCCUACUAUUAGUGCCCCUAAAACAAGACAAAGAGGGAUCACAGCAUUGUUGGACUUCCUCAGGUAGUGUAUAUACAUAGAAAAUAAUCAAAUCAGGUGUUUCUGUAAGCUCUGAGACCAACAUCAAAUUACCACAGUGCCAUAAGACGCUCAGGUAAAUUGCAUUAGAAUGUUUAAAAUUGCUUCUUGGCAAGCUGUGUGGAGUAUUUAGCAUUUGCUAUAUCUAAAGUUGCUGUUAAUUACUAUAUAACUGAAUUAGUGUUCAUUGUAAAGUUAGAGAGCGAGAAAGAGAGAGACUAUGGGAAAUGCCACUUUUUGACCAUAUUUAAAUUUAGUAAAGACUGAGCAAAGUUGUGUUUCGCUAUUGUCAAUUUGUAUACUUUUGUUUUCUUAAUCCAUUUAAACAAGUAUUUAUAUAAAUGUAACGUUAAAGAACAUGCUUGAGUAAUGGAAUAUUUAUUUAUAAAGUACCAGAUAGCUUUUUUUUUUUUUUAAGCAAUACGCAUGAUCAGAAAAGUAACUGUUACACUUGGGUCCCUUGUAGUUAUCUGCAAGGCCUGUGGAAGUGACAUCCUGGCAUUUUCUGCCCCUAAAUUCCUUUAGACGCCUGCCUCGUUCUGGUUCAUCGUGUCCUCCUCCAGCAGCACACAUGCAGCUUUUUGUCAGUGUGUGGUGUUAACAUUUUUGCCGCAUUUCAUGCUUUUGGACAGUUACAGUUACCAAUAUUCCUAUACCAUUACUACUAGAGAAUUUCUAUGUAUUAUACAACUUUGUCUGCUGUACUUUUGUAUGCAGUGGCUAAGGUCUUUGUGGGAAUACAAAACAUUAUAUAUUUUUCCUAACUGAAUGGAAAAUAACAGCCUGCCAGGUCUAUACAUUUAUUUGAGCAUCACUUAUGUAUUGUGAAAAUACUGAUAUUGUUAUGUUAUGCACUGUGCUGACCUAGACUCCAGAACUUCAAUAUAAUGUAUUUAACUACAUCUUUAUUUUGCUGUAGUUGGUAUUAAAAAAUUAAACUAUU